AUGCCUUUGGGGGUGGGGGCGGGGCGGCCAGAUCCGCGACGGCCCCUCCGGGACCUGGUGCGAGCCUUCCCGGAGGUGGAGGAGCAAGCCAAACAGUUCCGGAGCCAACCUGCUCAAGCUGUGGGACCAAAAGGACUUCUCUAUGUCCAGCAAAGAGAAUUUGCAGCCACCACGUCCAAAGAUGGUUCUGUUUCCAUUCUUGGUUCAGAUGAUGCAACAACAUGCCAUUUCGUGGUUCUGAGACAUACAGGGAGUGGAGCAAUUUGUCUAACUCACUGUGAUGGAUCCGAUACCGAAAAAGAAGUUCUGCUAAUCACAAAUGCGGUGAAAAUGCUUUCUCCGAGCACCGAAUGUGGAAGGUUGGAACUGCACCUGGUUGGAGGUUUUUGUGAUGAUAGGCGCUUGUCUCAGCACCUUACUGGUCAACUCUUAAGAGCGUUUGACCGCCUGCUAGAUAAUGUUUAUUUGAUGACAUUCUGUGUGACAGAACUGAAUGACCGCCAGGAAAAUGGCAGGCAUUUGCCGUAUAUUUACGGAAUUGCUGCCAAUGUUAAAACUGGUGAGAUUUUCCAUGCCACAUUUCCAGACCGAGGACCUGAUGAGGACAUGCGGUCUGCCAGGAUCUUAGCAGGAGCAAAGAUGAUUAGCAUUUAUGACUCAAAGAAGGAACAGCUUUGCAUUGGGCCUUACUACUGGAUGCCUUUCCCCCAUGUGGAUUUCUGGUUGGAACAGAGCAACCAGAGCAUCUUACAGAAUCUUUCCACGUCACCCCUGGCUGAGCCACCACAUUUUGUUGCACACAUCAGAGCUACUCUGCUUUACCUAAGAGAGCAUCCAUUCCCCGAUAAGACUCUCUUCCCUACCCGAAAACCUCGCCUCUACAAAAAAAAUGCCGAGGGCUUGUGGGAACGAGUCUCUUCUGACCAGAUCUAACCAAGAGUAGAGAAACCAGGAACACUCUGGAAGUGGGAUUGUGUCAAAAAAGGUGGCAGAGACCCUCCCCAUGGCAUGAACAUUUACCUGGUGAGCCCCCACAAAAACAUUAGGGAAAACCGGUAUGUUGCAUUUAUAGGAUGGCAUUGCAUCCCCCGAGUAUCCUGUGUUUUCCAAAAUAGCCGGUCAAUUCAGUGCAAAACUGGGUAAUGUUUACACAUUUCAUGGGGAUAGAUCCAAAGUUCUCAGGAACAUAAAAUGGGCCUUGGUCUUCCUGCGAAGGAGAAGAUAGAACCUGAUUUUUGGUAUUCCCAUUCUGCUCAGUCAUUUUCUUGCUUUAAUCAUUUGUUCGGGACCAGCGUCUGGUUGAGCAAAGUAGCUCUUCUGCCUGCUUGAUCAGAACAAUGUCCUUCGUAAAGGGUCAGCCGGUGAUGUGCAGAACCUUCCUGGGCAUGUUCUCCUGUUGGAAGGAAGCAUUCCGGGCACCGUUUUAUAGUCAAGCGUGGUCCAUUUCAAGGCCAGACCUAUUCCAGUGAGGCUGGAAUGACCCUUUCCAACAGGGGGACGGUUCUAAUAGGGUUGGAACAGGACACUGAAACAAGACGCUUCAGAGUUAGAACCUUCUGACCUAGACGAUUUUGCUCACCUCGAGAGCUAUCCCUAUAGUGUUGUGGGAGAUUUAAAAUGAAGCUUUGACCUUGCUUUAUGCCACGUGAGUGGAAACUGCUCCAAGCUAAUAAUAGGUGUUUGUGCUGGGGCUCUGGGCAGUUGCUUCAGAAUGUUGACCCUGACAUCCUUCCUGGACUGAGGACCAAUUGUAUGCAAGUGAACCACAGAUUUGUUGGGUGGAGAUUGGCUACAUACCUAUCUGCUGAUGGGAUUUCAGAUUGUAGUGCAGCUCAACAGGGGGGUGAUUCUCCUCAAUUCCUUUCUAUUUUAUACCAUUGAACCUCCAUGACCAGUUGUGAUUCCUGCAAGAAAAACGAGUGGCUUCGGAUAUGACUUUCAGGGGACAUGUUUGUAGGGGCAGGGUUCUGGUUUUGUUUUGUUUUUUAGCUAUAUUUUUCCCCGCUGUCCAGCUUCCUGUUCUGUCGAAGAGAAACUGGUAGAAUCUGGUCUGAUCCUCACCAUUGAGAUUCUUGAGAGUCUUUGCAGUACCCAAGGAGAUGGGAUUUUAAUGAACCAGAUCGACCAAAUCCUUGAAUGUAGCCAAAAUAAUAAUAAUAUGAUGAUGAAAAGCAGUACUAGCUUAAUUUUCUCCCUUUGCUUUACCCCCACACCUUUCUUUUUCACCCUAGGCCUCAUUUCUAACAAGGAUCCAACAAUUUUGUCAAGUGUAUUAUUUUUGUUAAUUAAACCCAAAAGCUUUUCAAACACUUUCGCAGGUAAUGAAACUUAAAACUGUUUACAAUUUAGCUGGUUUUCUUCUGGGGUCCAUAUGGGUGUCUGAUAUUUGGGUGCUUUUCCUUCUGUUGGUUGGUCUACAAUUUCUGUGCGAGGCUGAAAAUAGCACUCGUGGGUUUGAGUAUGUCCCACUCCAGCCCCAAGAAAGCUAAUCAUGGCAUGAACAAGAUGUGUGUGAAAGAAUGGUGCAUCGUGGAAUGAAUUGUGGCACAGAAGUGCGCUCCGUUUUUUAGCCCCAGAGUACAU